AUGGCUAGUCACAACAAAGUUCUCUUUCUUGCAUUUCUUCAGCUCCUGAUAGCGCUUUCUGUUGCAUACCGCAGCGAUCAAUGUGGCUUGAAACUCGGGUUUUACAAGCGGACUUGCCCAUCUGCUGAGAUUGUCAUUGCGGAGACUACUCAUCGAUUCAUUUCCCUAACUUCAACUCUUGCUGCUCCUAUUCUGAGGAUGCACUUUCAUGAUUGUUGGGUCCGGGGAUGUGAUGGUUCUGUGCUACUGGAUUCCACAAAGAAGAACACAGCCGAAAAAGCGGCGGCUCCGAACCUGAGACUAAAAGGAUACCAAGUCAUAGAUGCUGCAAAAUCUGCAGUAGAAAAGAUAUGCCCUGGUGUUGUUUCUUGUGCUGAUAUCCUGGCAUUAGUAGCUAGAGAUGCUGUGGAAACGAUUCAUGGACCUUAUUGGGACGUUCCCACGGGUCGAAGAGAUGGAAGAGUGUCAUUAGCCUCAGAGGCCUUAGCAAACUUGCUUCCUCCUUUUGCUAACAUAACCCGACUCAAACUGGGGUUUGCUUCAAAGGGUUUAAGUGUUAAGGACCUAGUUGUUCUAUCAGGAGGACACACCAUAGGGACAGCUCUCUGCUCUUCCUUCACAAACCGCUUGUACAACUUCACCGGCAAAGGCGACGCAAGAAGAAGAGGCUUAUUACAAUCUGAUGCAGCUCUUCUUGAUGAUCCCGAAACGAAAGCCUAUGUGGAACUCCAGGCAACCACUCAUGGAUCCACCUUUGCGCAAGACUUUGCGGAAUCAAUGGUGAAUAUGGGAAAGAUUGGAGUCCUUACAGGCAAGGCAGGUGAAAUAAGGAAGCAUUGUGCUUUUGUCAACUAA